UUAUUUUUUUCUCUAGUCGGACAUCUAUUUCUUUACACACCGACCGCACAGUCUGGGCAGUAAAGGUUUCCUUUUCGGUAUGUUUUAAAAGAGCGAGUGUUGGCACGAGCAACUUCCCACUAAUUCUGCUUUAAAUUAGUUUGGAAUUGAAAGCGUUUCCUCCUCGAGGACAUUGCCCAAUCAGCAUCACAAAUCAAUCGGAAGAGAUGUGGGAUUUCACAGAUUUUUUUUUUAAGCGCAUUUGUUGAUACAGAUUUGCCUAAAUGCAGGUGGGGAGACUUCCAAAUGUUACAACAAAUCAGCAAGUACUACUGAAAUCAUGGAAGACUUCGACAUGGCUUGUAGAAAAAUAAACCGUAUCGGCUGAGUGCAUACCCAAAGACAAAAUAAAUUGACUCCAGAACUGGGAAGACCACUGACAUCGACUCGCUUUCAAGCCCAUAGCCAUGGCUACUCCAGACGUCAGUGUUCAUGUGGAGGAGGUGGUUGUCGUCACAACACCUGACAACCCGUCAGAUGGAAACUCAGUCGAAGAGGUUAAGACAGUUUUAGUAGACUUCAAAUCAACACAGCCUAGUGGAGGAUUAAGUGAUGAUAGUAUGGACUCUGUCAAUACUCCUGGAACCUUUACAUCCUCUUCCACAUUGAUCCAGAAAGGAGAUAUUAUUGAGGUGAAAAUUGGUGAUGAUGAAGAUAACAUGGUGGCAGAGAUGAUCUACCCUAUAACUUGUGGAGAAAGUAAAGCUAAUCUUGUUUGGAAGAAAUUUGUUUGUCCUGGCAUCAAUGUAAAAUGUGUGCAGUUUGACUAUCAGCUUAUAAGCCCCAAAGAGUUUGUGAAUCUAGCUGGAAAAUCUACACUGAAGGACUGGAAGAGAGCAAUCCGUUUGAAUGGAGUCAUGCUGAGGAAAAUCAUGGAUUCAGGAGAACUGGAUUUCUACCAGCAUAGUCUAGUGUGCUCCAAUACCUGUCGUAGUACAAAGAUCGACCUUUCCAGUGCCAGAUCAUCUUUGAGCAGCCAACAAUCAACAGAUUACAUCCCAGUGACUCCUGUUACAGCAGAUGUCAGGCAACUGCAGUGGCGUAUGUACUGUGCUGAUGGGACGAAACAUGCCACGCAACUAAUGGGGUAUCAAGUUAAUGGUUCAACAGCCACAUCUGCAGCCGAGAAUUGUGAGGAAAGCAGUGAAUGGAUUACUGCAAUUGGAGAGGACGCCUUCUCACUUUGGCGUGGGUUGAAAGAAGCUGGUUUGAUGGAUGAAAUCGUACAGGAGCUUCAACAAGAGUUGCAAAAUACCUUGAAAGUUCUUCACCAGAGACUCCAGCAGCCUCCUCUUCAAGUCAGCGAUGUGGUCAUUCUGAACAAUAUUGUACAAAAUUUUGGUCUAUUGGACCUUGUUAAAAAGGUUUUGACGGGUCAUAAAAGUCAAAUGGAUCGUUCUCGAGAGCAGUACACACGAGAUUUAGCAGCUUUGGAACAACAAUGCGAUGAGCAUCGGAAACGAGCCAAAGAGUUAAAGCACAAAUCCCAGCAUCUGAACAACGUCCUCAUGAACCUGACGCCGAUCGCUGCGGCACCUCCUUCCAAACGGCCUCGUCUGACGAGAGCGACGUCGGGACCAGCCACAGUGGCCGCUCACAUGGUCACAUCGUCACAACCAACCCAGAUCACCCUGACCUCUGGAGUACCCGUCUCUCAACUUACCACGAUACCUAUAGGGAAACUGACAACAGUAUCUGCCAUUCAAGCCUCCGCAUUAGGUAAAGGUUCACACACAACUACAUUUACGACUGCAGGCUCACCGUUGAUUGGAGGGUACAAUGUUCUGGCAUCGGCAAGUUCUGGGAUCCCAAAUACAGUUGAAAUGCACCCAGAUGCAUCCAACCUGGCAGUGCUUAGCAGAGCUGCCAUCCAGGAUGGUAACACACUGGUGAAAGUAGUCAGCCCAAUCCAGCUAUAUGCUGCAGUUCCUGGGCUCAGCGCUGCUCUCCAAAAUGCUACGCAGAUGGCAUCUCUCGGAAGCACAAUUGUGGCUGUGCCAUCUAACGUCAUGGAAACCACCACAUCAGGUGAAGGACAUGCCACGAUCCAGGUGACAUCAGUAUGCGAAGAGCAUGAACAGAAACCAUAGCCUUGAAAUAUAAUGCUUCACGAUCUGGUUAGAAAUGCCACUGAAUGUACCUCGAAUAAGAAUAGUAUGAUCACAAUGUCAGUCAUACUAAGGUUGAUUUUUUUUAAAAAAACCUAAACAGUGCCGCCAAGUGGUAGCAAUUGGUUACAAAAUGGAAACGGGAAUCAUGUCUCCGCUCUUUUUCAGACUUUGUCUUAAUGACAUUUAUCAGACGUGCUUGGUAGAAUUGUUUAUAAUGCAUUUUACAAAGCUUCUUUGCACUGUACUUUGUGUGCUUUAUUAUACCUAAUUACACUCAAACCUGUUAUCGUCUCGUGGUUGCUUUAAAAGAGAUCUGUAAUUGACUGUAUUAUGGCAGUUUUCCUUUACAAUAGGUGCUCUCACUGUUUUCUAACAAUUAUUUGACUGUAUUGUGCUGUUUUGGUAAUCACAUGAUUAAUAUUGGAGAAUUUGUAAAUAUCAGGCUGUUGUAAUUUAGUGACAGCAUCAAGAAACCAACUUCUGUUGUACAUUUGUUAAUGUAUUUAGGCUGAAAAAAGCGCAGAGAUUUAGGCUUUAGUUAUGUAUGAAAAGCAAACCAGGCAAAUCCAGACAAAUGGGUACUAUGAGUAAACUCGAUUUUUAAUAAACAGUUUUAAAUACUAUGUGCAAGAGAA